UGGUAACAGUUGCUAUGUGGGGGGCUGUACCAGGGCUGGAAGGGGUCACUUCACACAAACCUCUCUCAUCUGCCUGCAUCUUCUGUGCGUUACUGAGCUGGCAGCAUGUGAAUCUCAAUCUGAAGGCAAACGUUUCCAAUAACUUUGCUUCCCACUCAUCCCUGGCUUGCAUGUUUUUUGUUGGUUUUUUUUUUGUUUUGUUUUGUUUUUGUAGCAAUAAUAAAGACUUGGCCUGCAAGCAAGAGAUCUAUCUAGAGUAGAGCUCUGACAGUUCAGUAACCGUAUUGCAGAAAAGUACUAGCACACCACAAUGAUUAGAAGCACAGAUUUGGAUUCCUUUGUUUGCUGUGCUGUAUGUUCAAAAAUAAUACCACCGCCACCUUCUAACGCUACUUUUGAUCGGAUUCGGGAGUACAAACCUUUCAGGACACGGUACUACACUCAUCGUGAUAUACUGGAGAUUGGUGCAAGCAUUCAACAAGAGGAGCGUGAAAGAAAAGAAGCAGAGAUACAAGAGAGCAUUGAAAAAAUGAAAGCUGAGCUUUGGUCUCAGGCUGAACAGUACAAAGAAGAUGCAGUGGAUAAAGCUCUCACGGAGGCAACUGCUAACUACAAUGCGUUUGUACAAGACCUUAAACUAAAACUUGAAAAGGAAGUAAAGGAAGUGGUGAGGAAGGCAAAGGCAGAGAUGAAGGAGUACAUGGAGGAGGAGCAGAGGAGAGAGACUGAAGCCACAGAGCAGCGCAUGGCUCACAAGCUCCGGUGUGCCCUGCUGGAGUGUGCCAAGGAGAAGAUGCAAGCAGUGGCUGAAGCCAGGAAGCAGGAGAGGGAGAUGGCACUGAGUGAGGCGGCCAUGCAGCACAGAAAGCACAUAGAGCAGCUCAAAGAAGAAAGCAUGUUAGCUGAGGAACUAUAUCGUAAGACCAUAGAGCAAUUAAGCAAAGGCAAAUGUAAUGAGAUGAACGUUGCCCUGAGUGUCAAACAAAAAGAGAAUCAGAUUGAAAUGGAAAAACAGAUGAAAGAAUUGCAGACUGUCCAUCUUGAAGAACUGGAAAAAGUGAUGAUUACGCUGAGAACAGCUGAAGGCCAGGUAAAGGCUCUUGAACAAAAACUGGAAAGGAUGAGAGCUUGGAAGGACAGCCUGGAAACUGAAAUACAAGCAACAAGACAAGCUUUUCAAAAAUAUAUUGAUGCAACCUUUCCUAACCUGUCCCCGGGACAAGCAGAUUUUAUUCUGCCACUCAGAACAACAUUUGAACCAAAGGACAUCCCAAAAGAGGCAGAAGGCAAUGACGACGAAUGUAAGAGACCUACUACUGAGAGUAUGAGGGUCACAGCCAUGAGUAAACAGCACUUCAAGUAGGUGAUGCUGAAAAAUAAAUUCAUUGCAGUUCACUGAA